AUGGAUUUCAUUCCUGUGAAACAGCUGGUGCCGCUCUUUUUUCAGGAACUGGAUGGACUCAAGCAGGAGUUCGAACACUACGAUGAGGACAUGCAGUGGCUCGAAGAGAGUGUGGAGCAGGCGACCGAAUCCUGGUCGUCCAUGCCCUUUGCGCAUGCGGAGCACCUCGAGGUCGAGAAUCUUCGCCAAGCCCGGCAGGCGGAGGAGCAGCUAUCGUCGUUGAGUUUGGCGUUGUCCAAGGAACUGCAAAAACAUCGCGAGGCAAACCAGAGUUUGGCGCAUGUGGUGGAGAGCGAACAGGAGGAACUUCAAGGCUAUGCCAGAGAAGAGAAGCUGAUGCAGGAUGCCUGGAAUAAGGAGCGACAAGCCCUGGCCCAGGAGGCUGCUACAGUGGCGACGGAGUUGCAGCGCCUUGCAACCGGACUCUGAGGAUUUCGGAGAUCCCGAAGUGAUAGCCAUGGUAUGCCAUGGUUAAACCAUGGAGAUUCCUGGGGAACCCACUGAACCCACUGAAC